CGAUUUGAGAGAUCAUAUCAACAAUACUUUCACUGAUAUAGACGCUCGUCUGGACGGAAACAUUGAUGAUUUAAUGAACUCAGAAAAUGCCAUAAUUGUUGCAGGAAAAUGUGACAAUUGUUGAUUCGCCUGGUGUAGGAGAAAGUGGAGAAAUGACAGAGAAGCUAGUUAAAUACCUCCCAAAAGCUGUUGCUUUUAUAUAUAUUGUAAACAGCGCAAAUGCUGGAGGAAUCCAGGAAGAUACUAUAUUACAAAUCAUUUUGGAGCAAAAGAAACUCGCCGACACAACAGAACUAUCUAGUUUUGAUCCCAAAAAUAUGCUGUUUGUAUGUAAUAAAUGGGAUGUUGUGAUAAAGCGUGGAGAAAGUGAGAAAACGUGGCUAGACACAGUUCGAAAACUUACGAUGACAAUUCCUGGACUAACUGAGGAUCAUAUAUUUAAAAUGAGUGUCACAGAGGCUGUUAAAUACAAGAAGAGCAGUAUAGGAAAUACUGAAAUGUAUCAGCAUUUACUGGACGGGCUUGGUCAAUUCGUCCAAGACAGUUUGGUUGCCAACAUCAAGAGACAUUACAGAUGGAUAAGCGGGCUUGUAGAAACGAUUGAAGAUUACAUUGCAUCACGGAUAAAUAAUGCCAAAAAAUCCUCAGAAGAAAAAUCCACAUUUCAAGAAAAAGUGAGUUUAAGGCUUUUCAAACUGGAAGAAGAUUUUGAAAAGGUAAGAAAGCAGCUCAUUGAUAAAGCACGAACAGAAUUUCACAAUGUGACAAUCCAGCUCCACAGUCAUCUCCAAAAAGAUGACGUCAUUUCUAUUCUUGAUACGUGGACAGAAGAAGAGUCGCCUGGCGUUACUGAUAACGAUAUUGAUGUUACACGAUUCGAAGCGAAGGGUUUGAUAAUGUCAAGAUUAUUGCAUGUUAUCCAAACUUGGGAAAGUGACACACGCAUUGUGGAAAGAACAACCCAACAACUUUCUGACCUAUUUAAUAAAGAGUUCUUAAUUAUAUCUAAAAAUUGUGAAGACGUUAGCGAAAUUCUUAAACACGGUUCUCUCUCAGACGAGGACGAGCUUGUUCUAGGUGGUAGAGGCAUCGGCUCAAUCGAGAUUGACGGACUUGAAGGGAUCCAUAUUGCGAUUAUAGCAGCAACUGCUCCAAUAUGGAUCCCUAUUGGACUAGCUGCACUUGCCAUAUUUGUACCUAUUGGAUUAGGGUACCAUAUAGUGGACAGUAUAAAGAAAACUAUCGAAAGAAAAGAAUACCGAAAGAAUAAGGCAAAAUUUAUGAAAAAAUGGACACAUAGUCUGCUUGAAGAUUUACGUAAAAUCGAAAAUAUAUCUAACCUGAUUGAUUGGAUAUACCUAGAGAGUAUGCUAUAUCGAAUAGACUAUUUGUUUUCCACUUUCUUACCAAAACAAAUGAAAGCCGAUAGAGCUCAACUGCUCAGCAUUGUGAACGAUAAAAGAACUGCUGACCAAAUUGUUGAUCUAUUUCAACCAAAGUCAUUAAAAGUGAAGUCCAUUGUCAAAUCGCUGCGCUUAUUUGAUUUGAGAUAUUUAGCUGAUGAUGUGAUUGAUAUAUCAAAGAUUCAACACUACAGACAAAUUGGAGGGGGGAGUUUUUCUGAUGUAUAUAGAGCGACAUGGCAACAGGGUGACGGAAACGAUAAAGAGGUCGCUUUAAAAAUUUUAAAAGGUCAUGACAUGUACUUACAGCUAUGUGAGGUUACGUGUUCAAGGAAGUUAAGGCACGACAAUAUAGUGGAAUUUUACGGCGUGAUCUUUGCUGAACGUCAACGAUAUGAAGGUCGAAUCGGCCUAUCUGGAAAUGAAAUUUGUUUACCUCUAUAUGAUGAUCGGCUGAUGCUCGUGCAGGAGAUGUGUGAUCAGAGUUUAGAGUCUUUGGUUUUUGGAACGAAAGACAAGCAGUGCGGGUCAUUUUCCAAUGCAUUGCGACGGGGAGAAACGCAUGAGUUUUUCUUCAAUAUGUGCUCAUCGAUAUGUGAGGGUCUAUGUUACAUGCAUAGUACAGGGUACUUACACAGGGAUUUGAAACUCUCAAAUGUUCUGGUAAUAAAUGGUGUUGGAAAACUGAGCGACUUGGGAUUUGCCAGAGCAGAAGCUGUCGUUUCUGGGACAUCAGCUGGUACUUUGUCGCACAUGGCACCAGAACUUCUGGAGGAAAAAGUGUAUAGUUUCAGCUCAGAUGUGUACAGUUUGGGUAUUCUUACAUGGGAACUUUGGUAUGGUACUCGAUCUUAUUCAGAUGCAGAUUGUGCUGGUUACGGUGUUGCCCAAUUUAUCGAUGCAGUUAAGCGUGGGGAGAGGCCAAAAUGUGAUAAGGAACAUACAAUGAUGGACGAAUUGAUCAAAUUGGUUCAACAAUGCUGGCGUCAUGAUCCGAAACAACGUCCAACCGUGCAACAAGUAGGCACAAUUCUGCGAAGUAUCGAUGAAAAAAAUCGGAGAGAUAUUUCCAGAUAGUUACUAAAAUACUGGACCCUGUAUAUUUAGUUUACUCAAAGCUGAAGGAAAAGAUUAAAUACAUGUUUAUACUUGUAAAAUAUAUAUACUAUAUAAUUUUUAUUGACACCAAAUGACCUAGAUCAUUGCGUUUAAAAUUUAAGAGAACCAAUAAAUAGACAGGUGUAGAUAGUCAAUUUGACACUAAACGAUUUAAAGUUAAGGUACACAUUACCGGUUCCUUUGUUAAUAAGUAUUAUGGGGAUAACAUGCAUAUUUUUUAAAAUGAUUUUGAUUUGUUAAUGAGCAAGAAAUAAUUAUUUCAGAAUUAAAUUAAGUGAAAAUAGAUAUGAUAAUUAUGUAAAAAUUGUUAGGAAAAGAGAAAAAGGACAAUGUAGAGAGUUGAAAGCAAAAUAAUAACAUUUUUAUAUUCAUAUAUCUGUUUUAAAAGAUAAGGGUUAUGUCAGUUAGGAAUGUUUUACUGCAACAAUUGAAUUCCUUUUUCAAACAUGUUUGUGAUAAUUACAAUUUGACGAACCGUAGUUAGACUAAAGAGGAAUACUUUUUCUUCAAUAUGUGCUCAUUGAUAUCUGGUGGUCUAUGUUACAUGCAUAGUACAGGCUACUUACAUGCUCACAGAGUUAUAAAACUCUUAAAAUGUUCUGGUAUGACAUAUUAAGAUAUUUAUGAGUAUAUUACUAAAUGUAUGCUUGUGCAAGUUAGUUCUUGUUUAUAACAUAACAUUGCAUAGCAUAAUCUUAAUUUGCAUGAGCAUACAUAUGUAUAGCUAAUAUACAUUCAUUUACAAAGGACAUAAACGUAUAACAAUAAGUGUACAAUGUUCACGGAAGAAUCAAACAAAUGACGCUUUAAUUGACUUACCUCUUCCGAUGGAUGUUAUCAGCUGCUUAAAUCCUACGUUGUACGCUUUCUUUUGAAAUGCUUAGUAUAAACAUUUUUAUUAUAUUGAUAAGUACUUAAGGAUUUUGCAUGUCAUCAGUUAUUUGUUUCUAAGGUAACUGAUGCCAAAUUCAAAGCCUCCAUUAUGAAAAGUAUUCAUUUUCAAUAGAGAUAGGCAGUUGGCAUGGUGUUUGAUUUCAAACCUACUGGUCGCCAACUUUUUUUAGACUAGUGCUUUGUAUAUUUUUGUCCAAUAUAAUUAUGGUUUUCUUUUCCAUUUCUGUUUUAAUUUUUUAAUGCACAAAUAUUUGAAAUGUUUAAUUAUGUACUUAUUAGUGUUAAUAAUAAAAAGUAGGGUACUUUUGCAACUUUAGAUGUUCAUAUGAAUGGUAAACAUCCCUUACACUUUGCACAAAUUGUCAGAAUUGUUUCAAGAUGAAUAUUAUAUUUAUAUAAUAGGAUACCCCAUUGAUAGAUUACAAAUGUUACUCAGUCUGAUAUUCUAAACAUUUUCUUUCAGAUAUGCUUUACUUUUUAUUUCAAACUACGGUUGUUUCUAACCCC